AUGGGUGCACUAUGGAGCCGACUUGAUACCGAGCAAAAAGAGAUCUUUCGUCGAAGUGUUGAAGAUUUGGUAUGCAUAGUACAACAGCAAAAUGUCGAAUUGGCGGAACUGAUUCAACAACGGUUUACGCAAUUGAACAGUGAAGAAGUACUAGAGUUGCAAAUGGAAAAUAUUUUACAGGAUUUUGGCCUAAAUCGAACGUCACGUCGGGAAAGGGGCUACAAUGUUAUUUCAAACUUCAUUUCUCAAUUCAACCAGCAACAAGUCAUAACAAAAGCAUUUAUCGAAAAGCAACGUUUGAAAUGGGGCGAAGAUUCUUCUAGUUUUUGGGAGAAUGCCAACUGUUCAACAGGCUUGACAUCGACAAGCAUUUCCCAGCUUUGGAGAUGCAUCGGUGAUAUCAAAGUCGCAGAUAGUUUAAAUCUAAUACGGCGACGUAUUUCUUUUGUUUUAUUCUAUCGCCUUCAAGAACAAAUCAAAACAAGGAUUCGAAAGCUAAUCACUGAUGAUAAAAGAAAACUGCCAAGCGGGGUAGAUCCCCGAUCAUUGGUGAAAACUAUCAUCGUCGAAAACAUUUACAACCCAGGAACUGCCUCCGAAAAAGCCAAAUUCACGACCGGAGGAAAUGUAAACCGGGCAAUACGCGUGGGCGAACGAUAUGCUCAACUGGAAGAUGUGAGAGAUCCAAUACAAGCUUCUGGUAAUAUUCGACCAAAAAAACGAAAACGCGGCAAAAAAGACAUUCCAAGUUGCAUUGACAACGAUGGGGAUAACACAAACAGCCUUCGUAGCACAAUACCUGGCACAAACCCGAUAAAUGCAUUGUUGAAUCCAGCUGCAGUCGUCGGAAAUUCAUCAGUUCAAAUUGCUAGUGGCCAUGGACAGGAUUCUACGGCCUAUGAACAGACAGAAAUUGAAAGCAGUUUAGAGUUGCAAGCUAUGAUGGGUGAUUCAUGUCUCUCCCAGCCGUCAAGCGCUUACUGGGUUGAAAAAAUUGAAAAGAAUAUGGCAGUAAUGGCUAAUGUCUACGAGCUAAACAAUACUCUUGGACAAUAUUUUUUCGCAGGUAUAGAAGCAAGCGAUUUGAGAAAACAGGAGAAGAAGAUGCGACGGGAUAAAUAUACCGGCGCUGUGCGUUUAAAACUUCCUUGGGAAGGUGAAGAUUUCAAGCUUGAGAUCUGCCUAUCUAAGUUGGCCGCAAUCGGUAUUUCGCAAGCAAUGAGGGGAUCAGGGGAAGAAUUGAGGGACAUGCUUGGUACUCAUAUUUUUGAGGCUAUUAAAACUAGUAAUAGGUGGAAGGAACAGGAGAGGGAUUGGAUACAAGAUUUUUCCCGUGUUCUUAGGCUCUCUUUUCCCGGUGGAGAUAUUGACGACGAUUGCAAGCUGGAAGUAGUAUUGGGUUAUGAAUUCGGAUGGAACUUUUAUAAACGUGUAUUUCCUGGAGAUUUGUAA